AUGAGUGUAAACAAAAGUGAAACACAUGUAAAUGGAAUUGACACAGUAGAAAAUGAAGUUGUGAAUACUUCUGAAACCCGUAAUAUACAAGAUUCAUCAUCAAUUAUUAUUAAUGAACAAUUUCAUCAACAUCCUAUUUUUAAAAAAUAUCUUCCAAAAAAAUUAUGUGAAAUAUUAGAAGUUUGGUUUUUAGAUGGUACAUUAAAUGAAGAUCAAAAAGAAAUCUUUCGAAUUUGU